UGAGAAAAUUCGUUCCAACGCAACACUGAGCUGCUGUAAAUAGUUUAAAAAAGGCAAAACCAGUGGAGAAAACACAACAUUUUUCCAACAACCUUGAAAGUAGGAAAAUGGCGGUAAAGUAUGAAAGUUGCGCUGAGCUGCGUAGUGUAACUGGAAUGAUCUUCGACUCCGGGGAGGUGUAGACUGGGGAUGACAACAUAUACGACACUCUGAUAUUAUUUUUCUCACUGUUAUAUUUUGAAAAAUACAGUAUCAAUGUUGUGGAUUAUUCAAUAAACUUAAAGCUUAUGGAUUCACCGUUAAAUCGGGUACGAAACAGUGUAAAACAUAUGCUGUUAAGAAACGAUAUUUGAAGAAAUAAUAGUGUAAUUGUGUUUGUGUACAAUUUUAUUGAGUCCUAAUACAGUAUCAUUUAUAAGCGUACUAUAUACCAUGUUUAUUUAUCAGGCACAUAGACAAGAAAGAAAAGCAGAAAAACUCAUUUCUGGCAAGAAGUAUAUGGAGGCACUGGCUUGUUAUGAAAUUUCUUCUGGUUUGAAUAUAUAUAUUUCUACUUAAAAAAUACAAUUUAUAUUAUGUUUACAGUAGCCAGUAGCCUUUAUAUAUUUUACCGGCGUACUUAAUCGAUAAUCGAUGAGUAUCAAUAUCUAUCAAUACCAAUCGAUAUUUAUCAAUCGAUUGAUAUUGGAAAUCGAUGAAUAAUCGAUGGCUUCUUUUACUGUGACUUUCAUCGAUUGAUCAUCGAUUUAUUAAUUUUCAUUGAUGAAAAAAUCCUCAGUUAAUAUGCAUGCAAUCAAACAGGCAACGCCGUAAUUUAAUUAAUACAUACUUUAUUACUUUAAUGUCGUAACAAACUCAAAUGUGAACGGAAUUCAGUAACAAUGGAUUAAAUUAAGUUUUCAUCUUGCUAUAAUACAGAUCAAAUACAUGUGUACAUUCGAAAAAUGAGAACAUAUUUACUAUUUAGCUCGAACACGCCGACACGCGGCGAUUAUUUAGGAUAUAAAUCGAUAAAAAUCGAAAAAGCAUUUUGUCGAUAAAAAUCGAUAAAUAUCGAUGAAUAUCGAUAAUAAUCGAUAAAAUUGGCUAUAACUUUUUGUGACUAUCGAUUGGUCAUCGAUUGAUCAAUGUCAAUCGAUAUCAAUUAAGUAAUUAGCAUCGAUUACCAUCGAUAUCAAUUAAGUAAUUAGCAUCGAUUACCAUCGAUUGAUCAAUUGGAUUUCCAAUGAUCGGUGUUUAUCGAUUAAGUACGCCGGGAUAUUUUGUAAACAUCAACUUCAGAAAUAUUUAUACACAUAGAAUCUCUGAAUUCGAUUUACUUUCAAAAUAUGUGUCAAAUUCCCGGGGACAGGGAUAAAAAACAUGUGAAAAUGCCCCGCAGCAGUAGCAAAUCCCCCACCCCGGGGACAGCUGGACUAUUUGGCUAGGAAGAGUAGGUUAUCCAACUACUCAAAAAUAAAGAGAAUACUUUCUUCAAUGUUUUGAGCGAAUGCCCUCUGAUUAAUAUAUCGCCCAAAUAUUUUACCUGCAUUGCAGGCUACCAAGUAUUGUGUGUCAUACUCUGGCGCAUUUUAUUGUUGUCAUGCUCUAACAUAUUUAUUUUUAAAGUUGUACAACUUGACUGCAUGGGUUUAUAUUGAAUUUUCUAUCAUGGAAGAAUUUGAGGGGAAAAACAUGAAGUUUGUUUUGUUUUAUAUUAUUACCAAGUUGUCGGUGAUCGUAAAACCUCCAAUUCCUAUAUUUCAAAUACCCCGCUCCCGGGCAAAGGUUUGAGUUCAAAUGCCCAACCCCCGGAACGUGUUUUACAGGAAAAUGCCCCGCAGUAGCCCCGGGGAGGGGGGACGGGCAUGCUUGGAUUUGACUGAUGCAUAAAGGACCGUCUACAAAUAGAUACCAUCCCACUUUGUGGACUUGUUUUCUGUGAUUACUUUAACCCCCUACCCCAUUGCGGAUCAUUUAACGUCAGUAGUAGUUCACCCAAUUUUUUAACUAUCAUGGAUUCUGAGUUAACCGCUUCCCCCCUUAGCCCUUCUAAAGGUCUAUGAUGCAGGUAGCCUGUACACUAGGGCAUGUACUAAAACCUGAAACAACGAAAAACAUAACAAACCGGAACAAAACCACAGGAAAUUGUCCGGAACCAGCAAAACCAAAAUUGAAUACGACCGGAACAAAGUAGUAGAACACAACUGGAACAAUAGUUAUUUCACUGACUUUCUACAGACCACUGCAGCUCCAAAUGAUUAUGAACUUGGUCAAUGGUAACACCCUGAACCAUCAGACCAUGGGUCACAAUGAGAACCCCCCCCCCCUACCAGAUCUGGUUGGAUCCAUCCCUGCCACCUAUUUUACAAAAAUUGUCAUAACCAUGAUUUAUACAAAUUAUUGUUCUGACUUUCUCUGACAGGUUACAUGACAGAGGCAAUGAAAACAACUACAGCUUCCCAGGUAAGAUUUGUUUUAUCUGAAUAGAAAUCUUCAGAUUUCCAGUCCAAAACUCAUAUUGUAAAUAUUUAAAAUAUUUAGAAGCAGAGAACGUCUGAAUAUUUACUAUGAAUCAUCCUGGUUAGCUUUCCACAUUUUUUAACAGUAUAUUUUAUUGAUAAACAAUCAUGUCGGGGACGGAUCUACCAUAGGGAUGCAGAGGGGUGCGCGCCCCACCUAGUAGUGUCCAGCACCGGCCCGCCUCCCCCCCCCCCCAAAGCCUGGUUUCCACAUAGUCGUACCUGUCGUGAACAUACGUGUCACGAACGUGUCGUGAAGUGUUUGUUGUGAAUGACACUGUCGCAAGUUAAUUUCCUACCAAGGGAUCGUACAAGCAGCUGGCGGCAGUUUUUAUAAGACAAACAUGGUUUUCCCCAAGGGGACUUUUGCCCCCCUCCUGAUUGUUGCAAAACUGUUUCCUGAUUGUUGUUUUUCUGUUUCCAUUAACACAUAACCAUCACGACAUGUUUUUAGCCUAGCUGUCACAACUGUCGUUGAGAUACUCGAUCACUGGAGCCUACAGUUACGACCAUACGGAAACCAGACUUCAGUUAAAUUUCAUGGUUAAAUACAUUUCGAGGUUGUUAUACAGCCAUAUUUUCAAAUAUACUGCACAUUAACAAGCAAAUUUACUGUAUUUUACCACAGCAACUCACUGUCCAGUCACACAUACAUGAUACAGUAAAAAGCUGAUAUAAAUUUUAUAAAAAAAAAGAUAAUGUAAAACGUAACAGAACGGCGACCAUGCAGAUUUGCACCCAUCUUGAAUAAUGGUAAUGUUUAGAUAUAGUGGCAUUGCAGACUGCAGAGGAGAGUGGGCAGUAAGACUCCCUUAUGCAGCAAGUACCCCAUUGAAAACCUGCACCCCUCCUUGCAGAUGAGGCUGCUGUAGAUCUGCCCCUGCUCCAUGUACAUUAAAAAUUAACUUUUUUAUUUCUUAGGCUUUAAUUUCAAUGCAGUUGCAGUAUGAGGAUUAUUUACGAAAACAGAAGUUGCUUCGGUUUAUGAUAGAAAGGAUGGCUCAUACUAAAAUGAAAACCGAAAAUUUUGUAGAAACAAAAGUGACAUUGGAAACAAAUAAUAAACUGGAUAAUUCUGAAGUUUUAUGCCAAGAAAGCAAUGAUUCAAGUCUUGAUCUCUCUGUACAAUCAAGUCAAGGGAUACUGGCGGAUGAGCCGGAGAAAACUGUUUGUCAAUCUAGUGUAGAGGAUUUACAAAUGCAAGUCUUGUCGCUAACACAAGCAUUAGAGGACUCUAAUAGGGAAAAUAAUCAUUUAAGAAAUAUAGUGAUACGCUUUAAAGAAGUAUUGCAUGAGAAAUUUGGUCUUACGCAAGACGAAAUUGAGGCAAUGUUAGUUAAUAAUGAAGCUCAACAGUCACAAUCUAAGACUCCGUCUGUACGUAAUGAAAACAUUGAUGAAAGAGAUGCAUUAGAAAAUAUGUAGAAUAGUAGUAAAUAAUGAAAAAUGUCCAAAAAUACUGCUAGAACAUAGGACUUUUAUCAGAAUAAUGAAAUCCUGUGGUAUUUUUGUUCAUGCACCUAAUUUGUAAAACACAACAAUCACGUCAAUCGUUCAAAUAGGUCCUCCUCUCAAAUAAGCCCCCAUCUCUGAUGCCUCUGAUAGGCCCCCUCCCCUGUUUAGAGGAAUAAUUGUACGC